AUGAGCCCAAGAAUGGAUGGAGAAGGGAAGCAAACGGAAGCUCCUGGUUACAACCAUAUUGAGCUCCAAGCAAGCAAGAUAAAUUCACCUAUAGAUGAAGGUAUAGCUGCGGUAGAACUUGAAGCCGGAACAAUGAUUGCCAGCGAUGAUGUGAUGAAAUACACCCAAGACGACGACGAAGCAAUGAAGGCGCUGGCAAGCUACGAUGGCCCACCGUUGGUCUUGGACGAUGCUACAAAUCGAAGAUUGCUUCGCACGAUAGACUGGCAUCUUAUGCCCGUACUGUUCUGCGUGUUCGGUCUCAACUACUUGGACAAAACGACUCUUUCCUAUGCAAGCAUCAUGGGACUCAAAGAAGAUAUAAAUUUAAAGGGAGACGAAUACCAAUGGCUGGGAUCAAUUUUCUAUAUUGGCUGGCUAGCCUGGGAGUACCCGACGAGCCGGCUCCUACAGCUUCUACCGCUAGCCAAAUAUUCAGCCUUCUGUGUUACGACCUGGGGGAUAAUAUUGACUCUGUUUGCGACCGUGUCCAACUUCCAAGGCGCUGUGGCGAUCAGAUUUCUUCUUGGUGUUUUUGAAGCGGCUAGUAUGCCAGCCUUUGCUUUGCUCUCUUCACAGUGGUAUACUGUUCACGAACACAAUUUGAGGGCAGGAAUCUGGAUAAGUGCAAACGGAUGUGGUCAGAUAAUUGGCGGCCUGGUAGCAUACGGAAUCUCUCGACGUCUCUCAGAAAUCGACGCUGCCAUUGCUGGUUGGAAAGUCAUUUUCAUUGCCACGGGCUGUUUCACGGUUUGUAUAGGCAUUUUAUUUUUCGUGGUUAUUCCUGACUCCCAACUCAAUUGCCGUUGGCUGAACGAGAGGGACCGCCUACUUGCGAUCCAGCGCGUCCGUGAUAACGAGCAAGGUAUUGGCAACCGACACUUCAAGUGGUACCAAUUCCGCGAAGCAUUGCUAGAUCCACUAAAUUGGGCCUUGUUUGUGUACGGUGUUUUAUCGGAUAUUCCCAAUGGCGGUCUUACGAACUUUUUCAGCCAACUCAUCGUGAGUUUCGGGUAUACUUCGCAGCAAAGUCUCCUCUACGGUAUACCCGGAGGUGCUGUUGUGAUAAUAGCCUGUUUGUCAAAUGGCUGGGCAGGCGAUCGCUACCAUAAUCGGACACUCGUGGCAUGUAUACCGAUGGCAGUAGCAUUGAUAGGCAUUAUCUUGAUUAUUGCUUUGCCUACCUCGGGUGACGGUUACAACAUCGGACGAUUGAUUGGUUACUAUUUGACACAAGCGAUUCCUGCUACCGGCGCUACAGUACUGUCCCUCAUCUCUAGCAACAUUGCAGGCUACACCAAGAAAACAACAGUCGCCGCACUGUAUCUCAUUGGAUAUUGCGCAGGAAAUAUCAUUGGGCCGCAAACGUUCAGUCCCAAGGAUGCACCGCGAUAUGUCCCGGCCGAGAUAACCAUUAUGGCCUGCUUUAUUCUGUGUAUCUGCGAUCUACUCUUCAUCAACUGGUGGUGUCGUCGAGAAAAUCGUCGAAAGGCAGGAAUUAGAGCGAGUGCUGGAUAUAUUAGGUUACAAAACCAAGGGUGA